AUGAAACAAUAUUAAAAAGAAAACAGAAGACCAAAUUAACUAGAUAUUCAUAAUAAAACACCUAGCAGAUUAUAAACUACUCGUCUCUUACGAGUUCAUUCACCAAGUACCUCAUAAAGUCCAUUUAGAUGUAUUGAUAAUAAAAUAGCUGUUGUAAAUUAUUUACCUCCUUCUACUAUGCCAAAAUCACCCACUUCAUAAAUUACAUAUUUUAAAAGAAAGAAAAGUAAAUAAGAUGAUAUGAUUGAUGAAACUAUAAGUAAAUUGAGUUUUUUAGAAAAGAAAAUAGCUCAUAUAAUGGAAAAAAAUGAUUAAUUAAGAUCUCAACUUAAAAAGACAGAAACAGAUUCUGUAGAAUCAUAUUCAUAUUACUUAAGUGGACCAACAAGAUCAAAUAAGUAAUCAAAUUGUAUAAGUUAACAUACAUUAUAAUCUUAUGUAAAUUCUGUUAAACAUACAAUACACACUAAUCAUUCUCCAAUUGAAAGUUCAAGAUUGAAAGAUAAAAUGAUUGGUCAUUAUAGAUCUUCUAGUAAAACACCAUCAGUAGGGAAAUUUAAGAAAUCUAAUAUCACUAUUAGAGAAGAUGUUUAGAAUGGGAGAGGUAGAAAAAUGUAUGAGAAUGGAUUUGUUUAUGAUGGUGAUUGGGUUGAUGGAAUGAGACAUGGAAAUGGAACUUUAAAAGAUUUUAAUUAAAAUAUUGUAUAUUAAGGUUAAUGGUAGAAUGAUUAAUUUUCAGGAAGAGGAAGAUUUAUAAAUUAAGAUUAUUAAGAGGAUGAAUUCAAAUUGUUAAAUUUUAAGUAGUUUAAAUUAGUUUAACAUUAAUUCACUUCUUAUGAAGGAGAAUUUAGAAAUGGAUAGUUUCAUGGUUAAGGAAUGAUGACUUUCAAUUGUGAGGGAGAAGAGUUUAAGUUUGUUGGAGGAUUUGCUUUAGAUGCAUUUCAUGGAGUUGGUUCAUUGUCUUAAGAUGAUAAAAUAAUAUUAUAAGGGAAAUGGAUUUAUGGAUGUUUUGUUUGA